AAAACAUUUGACAAUCUUUCGCGCAAUUAUGUCAACUUUUAUCGUCUGCAGUGAAAUUAUACCAGAGCACCGGUUCCGGUUGGCGUUGAAAACCACAGCUUUAAGAAAUGGACGACUGUGAACCUGGUGAAUCUGAUGUAAACAAUGUUGAGCAGAUCAGCCAAACUCUAACCAGGACCACUGAGGACGAUUCAAUUUUGAAGGAACGCCUUCAAGAUCUACAUAAAGCCUUACGGGACCCCAUUCCAGACAAACCAACUGCGAAGUUUAUCACAGACAGAGCUCAAGCACUGGUUGAACAGUUGAAUCAGAAGAGAAAGAAUGAUGUACAGCUGAUAGAAAGUUUCAGACAGGCACUUGAAGUUCAGACUGCCUCAGUGGUAGAGAGGAUCCAGCAGCAAUUGUAUGCGGCCUACAGUACCCAGAGUGCACUUGUAGAUCAGAAACUACAUGAACUCUUCACUUGUCUCGAUGACAUCUCUGUCACAGAAGCUGAGCUCGAGAAUUUCAAAAAGUCCCUUAGAAACCUCUAUCAGGAGAUAUAUUCGCAUGGGAGUCCCAGUAAAUCGUGACUGAAUAUAAUAUAUUUACAUACAUAUGAGUUAUCAUGUUAAUAUGUAUUAUUGAUUUGAUGAUACUUUAGAAAUCUUCAGUUUUUAUUGAUUUUUAGAAUUUUAUGAGUAGCCAUUCGAAACUUUUGACAUGCAUUAGACAGAAACAUUUGAUGAAUUUUUUUAACUAUUAAAUGGCAAAUGCAGUUUGAAAAUUAGAAAGAUUUAUGAAGAGGAUUCUGUUUUAAUUUUUACUACAUAUUCCAUGCAUACUAUAUUUUUAUUAUAUCCCAUCCUGCGUCUUUCAAAAAAGAGCAAUUAUUUAUUCAUUAAAUCAAUGCAUUAUUUGAUUAUUUCAACUCUUAAAGUAUGAGGUAUGUUAGUGCUGUUAAUAUUUGUUUCUGUUGCGCAAGUGUAUUUGUUUUGACAUUACGUUCAUUUUUUGUUAUUAAAUAACAAUGUUAUGUGCAAAGGACUAACUGAAAACAUUUAAGUUUUGGAGAUAAACAAUAUUACUUUCACAUAGCCGGUUAAUGGCAAAGAUUUAUGGCACUGUAGAUAUACAGAGACAAAUGUUCACUUUUGCUCUUAAGGGUUGCUUGGUACAAUAUCAUGUGAAUGUUUCGGACGCCUGGUGGCCCCAUAUUAGUUUGGUAUCAGCUGAAAGUGAAAGAAAAGUUUAACAUUAUAACAAAAUAUUGCAAACGAGUUUUUUUGGUUUGAAAGAUUGCAAACUAUGUCGUUGAAUGUCUGAUUUUAGAUGAAAUAAAAAACAAAACUCAAAACUGCAAUACCUUUACUUAUAAUAGUUUUUCGGUCAUUUAUUGUAAUGGCAUAAAUCAGUUAAAGCAUCUCCAUUACAAAAACUUUUGGUUAACCAGGCAUCCAAACUUAACAUGGUUUUACCAUAGAGAUGAGCUUAUUUGUGCAUACAGUACCUGUUAAUGUUCUUAUUAGAUGGAAAUCCGAGAUAUUUAAUAGCCUUUUUGUUAUUGUCAUUGUUGUAGUUGGCAUUGUCAUGGAAUAAACAUUUUGUUGGUC